GCCAUGCUGCGGGCCCUGAGCCGCUGCUGCCGCCCGGGCUCGCUCCCGGUGCCGCUCCUGCCGCCGCCUCCCGGGCCGGGAGCGGGAGCGGGAGCGGGACACGGGCCGUGCCCCGGGCUGUGCCCCGGGUGGUCCCCGCGGGUGGUGCCGGCGCGGGGCCGCAAGAGCCGCCACGACCCCCCGGCCAAGUCCAAGGCGGGGCGGCUGAAGCUGCCGCCGCCCGUGGACCCCGAGGAGCUGCUGGUGGUGCAGGAGCGGUACCGGCAGCACCGCCUGGUGCUCGGAGCUCUCCGGGCCGAGUUCAGGGCCGAGGUGCUGCAGAAGAGGCGAGAGGAGCGCCUGGGUGGGGAGAACUCCGCGGAGCUGCUGGAGGAGCACCGGCGCCUGAUGGCCUGGAAUGACGAGGAGAACGCCCGGCAGCGGGCACGCAGAGAGGAGAGACUCAGGAAAGAAGCGGAGGAAGAGAAGAGGAGGAAGUUGGAGGUCGCGGAGAAGCAGGCCAGGAAAAUGGAGGCCUUCAUGAAGGAGAAGGAGAAGGAGGUUCUCCAGCUGCAGGAGGAAGCCAAGAGCUUCAUCACCCCCGAGAACCUGGACGCGCGGAUCGAGGAGUGCCUGGACAACCCGCGCAACUACAACUUCGCCAUCGACAAGGACGGGCGGGUCGUCAAGCGCACGGUGCUGUCGUAGCAGCCCCGGCAUGGGGCUCCUGGCCCGCUUUGUGCCCAGAGCCUCCCCGCCCCGAGAAGACCUGGAAUUCUUCUUUUUAGUGUAUAAAUUGACCACGGGAGUGGUGCAGAAAGACUGCGGGGUCUGGCUGUGCUGCUUCCGAAGGGUGGAACGACUGCGGGAAGGGGGGUGAGGGGGGAAAACUUGGGCUCGUUGGAGGCUCCAGCUGCCUGGCUCAGCCCUGUGUGGCUGUUGCUGUGCCUGUGAUUCCACCUCCCACGCGUUUGGAUCCCUGCUGCCUUCACACACAGCGUGUGGGGAGAGAAGCAGGAGCGGUCCCGAGGCAGAUCCUGGCUCUGAGCUCAGUGCUGUCAGCCCCUCUGGAUGCUUCCGAAGGCAAAUGAGGGCUGAAUGGAUUUUUAAGGAAACACUUGCCCUCGUGUUUUUUUCUGUUGUUAGGUGAGAGGAUUAAUUGUUCCUCCUGAUUUCUGCUGGGCUGGAGGGACCUGUGAUCCCUCCAGCUUUGAACCCUCCUUUGCACAUCCCUUGGUGUGGCUGAAUGAGAAAAUAUGUCUGAACGAUCUGA